AUGUCUCAAAAGCCAAAAGGUCCAAGUGCUGAGGCGCCAGCUCCGUGUAGUCCAGGUCUUGCUGAGGCUGGAGGGGAGUAUGGGUGUGGUACAGCUGGGUGUGGGCAACAGGAAAGGAGGCAAACAGGUGUGGAAGGUGUGAGUGGUGUUGGGUCAAGCGAUCCGUGGUUUACAGGUGUUCAGAGAGAUCCCUGGGCGUUGUACGGAAAUCGUAUGCGUGCUGGAAUGGGGCCGAUGGAGUCUCAUAUUAGCAUGCCAUGUCCACCUUCGAGCGGUACGCCUUCAGUUGCAAGUGCGUGUGCUGGCAUUAGGCCAGUGGCGCCAGCUCCAGGUUUGUCAGUGCCUUCAGGUCCUGCGAGGAAUCUUUCGACAGUUCCGAAUCAAGGAUGUUGCAGUCAGGUUUCUGGAGAUAAUGUGAGUGCAGGGAGACAUCUGCUUGAUCGCAUGAGUUCGCGUGAGUUGCAGUCCUUGUAUGCAGAUCUUAGCCAAAGACUGAAUGUCCCUGUGAGUGGGCAGUUUGUUCCUGAGAGAUUGGGGCAGUCGCCACCUGAUUUGAAUGUGCCAGCUUUCGUGAGACAUCAAGGUAACACGUUACCUGGUGUUCCAGCUGAAAAUGCGAGGAGCAGUGAAGACAAAGACGUCUUUAGUCGCAGUGAGAAGUGGCUAGGGUCUCCACCUACGCCAAAUCAUCAAGCGUGGAAAGGGCGUGAAUCUGAAGUGCUGGGCAUGAAUGCCUAUAUUCACGAGUUGGUUGCAUGGGCGAACCAAGCAAGUGUUGAGUUUGGGAAGGAGAUCGCUCAGGCCGCGCGAUGGCCUACACAGAUUGCAUGGAACACGUUGUCUAAGAGUCAACAAGCGCGAGGAGUUCGUUUGUUUAGUGUGCUGAAGGCAGCGUUUGCAGAUCAUGGGCGGAUAACUCUUAUGAUCCAAAGUUUUGGAGAAGGGCUUGACAUUGUUGCAGUCGCCAUGCAGGGAGAUGUUUUUGGAAACUCUCUUUCGUAUAUGGGUAAUGGUUUUGAGUUGCUGAGGCAGCUUGCCAAGGAGUUUUCUCUGAGAAGCCGUGCUGAGGCUAUGAGUCUCAGGGCGAUGCUGAUGGCAAGAACGUUUCGAGCGCAGGACUCGUCAGCUCCAGUUGCUGACACAGUGCGUCAGAUUGAGGUGGCAGUGGCAAGGUUUGUGCGUUUACUUUCGACGCUAGAUCCUAGAGAUGCUGCUGGGUUUCCUUUGACUGACAGUGAUCAGCUUACGCUUUUGAUGAGGUCUUUGCCUGAGAGCGCGAAAGCGUAUACGUUACAUCAUUCGCAAGGUGAGACAUAUGCCUCAUAUCGAUCUUCAGCUUUGCGAUGGGAACAUCAGCAGCGUUUGUUUCUUGAGUUGCAAGGGGCCAAAGGUUUGUUUGGCUUGCAUGAAACCGAGUUUUCUGAGAGCGCAGGUUCGCCUGAGGCAGGUGAGGGAAUGGAUGGUCACGUCUUUGGCAUGAGUGCUAGGCCUUCUGAUGCUGGGAGCGGUGUGAAGUGCAACCGUUGUGGCAAGAAGGGGCAUCAAGUGAAUCAGUGCACGGCAGACCUUUCCAAGGUUAAGUGCUUCAAGUGCGGAGAGAUGGGCCACAUAUCUUUGAACUGUGCCAAGGGCAAGCAGGGUGAUGUUUCUCAGUCGAGUGCGAGGCCUAAGGGUUCUGAUGGCAAAGGUGCUGCUGCGGCCAAGGGUCAAGAAACGGGGGUUUGGUGGUACACAGAUGCUGAUGAAUCUUUUUACACCGAGGAAGGUGAUGAGCAAGAAGCACAGCAGGUGGACUCCACUCUUGUGUUAUCUUGUGUCAUUGAGUUAACUGAUGAGCCCAAUACGCGUUUUGAAGCUGUCCUUGAAGACAGCGAGUCGGUGUCUGUUGUGCUCCAAGAGCAGUUGUGUCAACCAUUGUUGCAGUCGUUGGGUCAAUCGCUUGGAACUGAGUUUUGGCUGCUUGACUCAGGUGCGUCAUGCUGUGUUAUCAACCACGUGACUUUGAAGACGCUUCCGCAUGAUGAGUUGACUGCAUGUGGUUCGACGUUUAUGGCUGCGAAUGGGACUCCUGUUCCCUUUGAUGGUCGUUGCCAUGUUGUGCUAAAGGUUCGAACAAAGGAUUCAAGUGGAGCUACCAAGAAUGGUGUCUGUAAGAUCCCUGUGAUGGUGGGUGACACUCCUUACAAUAUCCUGUCAACGCGAACUCUUGGAAGGCAUGGCUGGCGUGUUGUCUUGGAUGAAGGCGUUUCUGUGUGUCAUGUGAAGUCGGGUGUUGAUAUGAUUGAUACCUGUAUUUGGUGUGACACGCCUUGGAUCCGCGUGAUUCCUCAUUCAGAGGGUGAUCUCUUGUUGCCGUCGGGUGACUCAGUUGAUCCUGCUCCAAUUUCCUCGAUUGGACAUGUUGCAGUUGUUUCGCAGAAGACCAAGGAAGAUCUUGAAAUUCACAGAGCAAAGGGCCACAUGCCCUUCCAUCCCGAUUGCGAACAUUGUCUGAAGUCCCGAGGUGUUACCCAACACAGGCGAAAGUCUGAGCGCGGAGUUGAAACAGAGAUUGUUGCAGAUUUUAUGUUUCUGGACUCUUCUGGAGAGAUGAUCAGCGUGGCUGAACGCCAGACAAGUAGCUCUUUCAAGGUCCUCGUCCUUCGUGAGGCCUUUUCUUCUUCUAUUGGGGCUGUGAUGAUAACUGAGAACAUUGCAAAAGACAGAGGUCUUCUUUUGAAGUGGCUUGCUGAGUUUGGGAUGUCGUCCUCACAAGCAAGCAUUGUGCUUUUGACAGAUUCCGAAGAAGCGGUGAAGUCGUUUGUUGCAGGUGCGUCGGAUAAGUACAUUUUUAUGGUGCGCAAGGCUGCGCCACAGGCUCAUGAACAGCUUGGUGGUGCGGAAAGGACAGUCCGGGUCCUUAAAGAAGGGCUAGCUACCUUGCAAAGUGAUUUUCAGUCGCUUGGUUGCGUUUUGUCGUUUCGGAGAGACUUGCUGCAGCUUGCACUUUCUUACCUGUGCAUGAGUGUGAAUGCGAAUGGCAAAGCUUUUGGCGGUGAACGCUCUCCAAAGGAGGUUGCAGUUGGUCGAAGGUUGCCAGAUACCCCUUUUGCGUUGUUUGGGUCCAAGGUGCUUGCUGAGGUCCCUGAGUCUGUGAAGGCUUUGUGCCCGAAUAUGUCGCGUUUUGAGGCGGCAGCGUUUCUUCAUCCGCAAUUUGGGUCGCUUGGGAGCUUGGUGUAUGCGCAUGUGCGUGUGGGCCAGGUCUUGACGCCAAAGGUGUUUGUUGCCAAGUCGAUCAAGCUUGUGUUUCCGAUUGAGCUUGUCUUCGAGUCGGGGAUGUUUGAAGUUUUGCGUCGUCGUGGUGAGCUUGGGCCUGAGAGAUAUGAAGCGUGGUUGCGGUCGCAAGUUGCAACAGAUGACAGCGUGGACGUUGAAGUGCCUGUGGCUUCGGAUGCAGAGGCUAUGCUUGAAGCUCUUUCUGAGCUAGCCGAGGAUUCGGAUGAGUCGAGGCAAGACCGAGCUGUGGAGGAGGCUCGGGGUUCUCCUUUGCCUCCCCCGGCCAGUGGGGACGCUGCUUCGUCUGAGGCUCCAGCGAGGAUUGUGAGCGAGGCGGCCCCUAGUGGUCGUGUUUUCACGCGUGGUUGUCCUGCGUGCGAGUCUGGCAUGAAUGCUCCUGGCAUUCGUCACAAUGCUGAUUGCAAGCGAAGGAACCAACAUCUGAGUGUUAGAUUUUCUGUUUCUGGGGAGCCCGAUGAUGACGAAGCUUCAUCCAGGCGUCUGCCUGAAAAUCUUGAAGGAGCUGCUGCUCCUGAGUCUGAGGGCAUUGGGGCUCUUGAUGAGGACACUGAGAUGCCGUUUGCCGAUCCAGUGUUGACUGGAAGUGAAGGCGGAGGCAGCCUAGAGGCUGAAGAAGUGCUUCGUGGAAGCAGUGCUGUGAAACGCUCCUCUGAAGUCCCGUUGGAAGAUCUGGAGCGUGAGAUCAGGCAGGACCAAGAAAGGGUUGCUUCAGUUAUGGUUACCUUCCACAAUUGCGAAACAGGGAAUGAUGUUCACAUGCCUCUUGCGAGUUUUGUUGAGCAGGCGUUCCAGGUUUCCAAUUAUGUCCCUUUGCUUUCAGGGCUUGUGGAUUCGGUUCAGUUCGCCCCGAACUCUACGAGUGUUGUUUUGCCGUUUGGGAAAAGGUCGCAUUUGAGACUUUGGAAGCCUAGUUCCGCUGUUGAUGACUCUACCUUGGGUGAGCUUUCAGGAGAUCAGGUCAUGGAAGGCAUGGUCAAAGAAGUCAACAAUUUGAGUCACAUGGAAACUGGGGAUCUGUUGACUGCUUCAGAACUUCAGAGUCUUGAGAAGAGGUUCCCAGGUCCCUGUUUGCUGUUGGUCUAUGUGGAUGAUUUUCUGUGCAUUGCGCCAACAAAGGAGGAUGUAGAUCACAUCUUUGGAGUGAUUGAGGAGAAAGUUGAACUCAAGAGAACUGGGUUGAUCAAUUCUUCCAAGGAUGGCGGUGGCACUUUGCGGUUCAUUGGUAGGGUUAUCUCCAGGAGAAAGGGGGAGUCCUCUAUCACAGUGUCUUUGCCAGAAGAUUAUUUGGAUGAGACCUUCAAGGCUUAUGGUCUUUCGGGAAAAGGCGUAUGCCAGGUUCAGGUCUGCGUUGGGGAAAGUGCACGAAGCGCCGUGGAAUCAGUGGAGGAGUGUUGUGCAUGUCGCAGAGUCGGGAUGAGUUACGUUGGCGUGACUGAGAACAUGCAGAGUGACAGCGUGUUCAAAGAGGUGCGUCGAUAUCUUCUGAACUUUGCGUGUGACUGCGUGUUUGUGCAUGUGUCCACGCCUUGCUCUUCUGGAUCUUACUUGCGUCGGUUCUCUGGCGGGAGCUCGUCGAAGUCGGAUUGGGAAUGGUUUGAGGUGUUUCCUUGUGUGUUGAAGUACUUGAAGCUUGGGAAGCACUCGAGCUUUGAGCUGCCAUGGAACAAUGAGAUUUGGCAACAUGACUUGUGCCAGAAGGUGCUGAAGAAGGCAGGCCACACGUUCGAUGUGCCGGUGAGGUUGGGUGGACCGAAACAGGUUUUUACACUCCGAAACUCGCUGAUGCGAUUGUUCGAGGUGCGAACUCGUGCUGCCAUGGUUCUCACGACCGAUGAGCGCAGGGAGCUGCGCCGUUUGCUGGAUAAGAUGGAUUCUGCAGAUGGCUUGGCUUCGACUGCCAAUACUUCUAUGACCGAUGGGACCAAGCGUCUCAGAGAUGUGGGUGGAUAUCCAGAGGAUGGGUCUACUGCAUCAGGUUCUGCUUGCGGUGCCCAGCUGCCGAUUUCAAAGGGAAGCGCAAAGGGUGUCGUGAGCACGCCCAAGUGUUAUGAAGACCUCGUCGAUGCCUUCGAGGGGGAAGAGUUUGGGGAGAGUGACAAUGUGAUUGUCGUGAGCUAUGCGGGUACUGAGGUCACCUCGGUGCCACUUCCGAGUGAUCUCUCCGUGGAGGAUUGGGGUCGAACAAUCUGCGAUCUGCCAAAGGUCCAGAAGAAUAAGACUUGGUUUAAGAAGUCCUAUGCGGCCUUGGUCAAGCUAUCCAAGGAGGAUAGCGACCUUGCAAGCUAUCUCAAUUGGGUCAAGGAGAAAUUUGGUCGCAGUUACGAUCCGACGACCCCAUCCAGUCAAGCCUCGGACCUUGCGGGGUAUUUGAUGAGGCAGGUCACCUUCGACGACGAGGCUGAGGUUGGCGACUUCUUCCCAGACGACAUGCCCACCCCUCGCCCAACGAAGGCCCAGGAUGAUCGCUCCAAGCGCAACACCCGCAUCCUUAAGUCCCUUCGGAAGGUGUGGGCUGAUCUCCCGGAUGAGGCCAGGACCCAGCUCAGCGAUGCUGGUUUUGAGGCCCCGCAGACCUCUGAUGUUGAUAUGGAGCCAGACCUCCUUGCCUUACUCCAGAACAACGUGGAGCGGCUCCCGGAGUGCAUCCGCCAGGCUUUGCCUCCACCCCCCCCUGAGCCCACCCCCGACCCUCUCAAGGAAGGUCGUGAGUCGGGUAAUGCUCUCCGUCGUUCCAUCUUGAAGCUCAAGCAGUUGGGACAGGAAAAGCUCAGGCUCCAGGAGGAGAUCAACAAGACCAAGACUAAGCUCCAUGACCUUCUCCGCGGCAUGCAGGAGCUUCAGGAGGCCAUCUCCGAAGCAACCGAUGUGGCCAGGAAGUGCUCUGACACCUAUGAGAGAGGAGUCCUUCUGCACGUUCCCAAGAGUGAGGUAGACUUAGUUCUUGAAGCCUUGGGGCUCUCUCCCGAGUCCCUCACAGAGGAUCAAAAGGCCAACCUCAAUGCCCUGCGAGCCUCGAUAAAGCCACCUCCGGACAUGCAAGCUCCCCCUGGCCUCGGGCCCACGCCUUUUAAGUUCGGCUCCCCUCCUCCCCCGGCAGGUGAUGGACAGGCCAAUGGUGAUCUUACCGAGGAGGCCCCUGACGGCUCUGCCGAGAAAUCUGGGGUUGCCAGGUUACACGCUCUUCUCGACGGCAGCCCCGGAUUCUUUCUCUUGAGUCCUUGGUGGCGCCCCCCUCUCUUCUCACAGGGUGCCAGGCGUGACAGACGGUCCAAGCACCGUCGCCACCGGCUCCAAAUGCCGGGCCUCUUCACCCAGCUCCAGGUCGAGAUGUGCGACCAGGCCCUGAAUCCUGCCUCCUCGGUUGAGCGCGACCUUGUUGAGUUCGCUUCUAAGGUCGAGGAUGCUAUUUCGCCGGGUUCUUCCGAGGAGUGGUUUUUGGAACAUGCCCUUGAUGCCAUCCAUGAUGACACACCCUCCCCCGCUAAGUGGCACCUCCUCAAGCAAAUGGCUCAGGUUCUCUCCCUGCAACAUAAUACCCCCCACUCCCUCAGGCUCCUGUCUGCCAAUGUUACUCACUGGAGGCCAGAGGUUCGGGAUUGGGCCUUCUCUCUUGAAGGCCAUGGGGUUCUGCUUCAGGAGCUUCACCUCACCACGGAGGCUGCUCAUGAGGCUGCGAUUGCCGCCUCUAAAAGAGGGUUUCGCCUCUUUACCUCGCCUCCCUUCCUAAGUGAUAAGAGGCGCCCCCUGGGAGGUUUCGGUGUCCUCAUCCGCUCCUUCCUCAACCCUCGUCAUGUCCUCACCCACACCGUUGAGGGUUGUGGUUUCCUGGCAGUUUCGCUUCGGUGUUCCGGUUUUGAACUCACUCUGGUUUCCAUUUACCUCCAGUCCGGUACUGGCUUUAACUCUCCGGUCAACGCCGAUGUCCUAGCUCGCCUCUUAGCCUUUCUUCCUUCCCUCCGGGGAGUGUGGAUUGUCGCGGGUGACUGGAACAACCCCACACAAGAUCUCCUCGCCACACGGCUUGAGGAAGUUUCCCAUGGGCGUUUCCUGGGUUCCGGUUCACCCACCGCUGCAACCGACCGGGAAAUUGAUUACUUCCUUGUCUCGUCUCCGGCUGUUGCUUCCUUGACAGUGGCUCAGGACUGGGUCGUCCCCUUCAAGCCUCACUGCGCCCUGCGGGCCACUCUUCAGCUCAGCUCUCUGCAGCUUCCUUACCCGCAGCUUGCUACCUUUUGUGAGGUCUUUCCCGACCCUCUGCCCUUUCAACCCUCGGUCCCGAGCCCCUCGCCUGUCGCUGAGGUUAAUCUUCUUGGCCUCACUUCCACCGACAAGCUCACCCUCGACUUCGCCGAGCUGAGCUCCUUCCUUGAGGUCUCUCACGGGUUCCCCGACCGAGGGCGUGGGGCUUUCGUCCCCCUUCUUCACAAGCCCCUCGUCCAGGGCCACUCUGUCACUUUUGCCUGGAAAGGCCAGCUCCCCUCCUUGGUGUCGGCCGUGCUUCACCUGCUCGACCGCCCCGACGCUGUGCAGUCCUUCCUGUGGUCCACCUCGGACACUUCCCUCCCCUCGGAGGUCCGAGCCUUUUGUGACCGGGUGCGAGACGGCUCCACUUCUUCCGCCAACCUCCGCGCCGAAGGAACCGCCCUCCUUGGCCAACUCCGGCGCGAACAAACUGCCCAGCAGGCUGAACAGUACGGCGAGCGGCUUGAGGAAGCUUCGGGUUCACACCUGGGGCCGCUCUUUCGUGCCAUCAAGUCUCAUGAGCAGGUGCUUGACCGGCCCUUUCAGGACUGCAUUCGAGAGGCACGAGCAUUGGGGGCCGUCUCCCAUGCUGGCACCCUGGCUCCUUUGACUGUCCCCAACCUUCAAAAACUCCUUAAGAAAGCCGAGAAAAAGAAAGGGGGCCCAGACGGUUGGAGCUACCCAGCCCUUCGUGCGCUGGACCCGGCGGCUCUUCAGCUCGUCGCCGACUUCCUCGCCCGUGCUGAGGCUGAGGUCCUCCUGCCUUUCCAGCUCACUUGUGUUCAGGUCGCUCUUCUCCCGAAGUCGGCCGACAAGGAGCGUCCCAUCAGUCUCCUCCCAUGUUUGUGGAGACUGUGGGCGCGAGCUAGGUGGAAGGACGUCGCGGCCUGGACGUCGGCUUACGCCCCCGACCAUCCAUGGGACCGCGCAGUCCCGGGCCAGGCCAGCCUUGACACGGCGUUGGCCCGCCUUGUCAGGUCAGAGCAUUCAAAGCUCGAGAAGACUCACAUAGUGAGUCUCUUCCUCGACUUGCGAGGUUUCUUCGACUCUGUGAGCUACGAGCGCCUUCUCCUCCAAGGGCUCGCUCACCGUUUCCCUCCUCUUCACCUCUGGUUCGCCCUCCAGGUCUACCAGGGUCCUCGCUGUCUCGUGGCCGACUCGAUCGCUGCCACGCCGCUCUUUCCUGGCCGGGGCGUACCCCAGGGCUGUCCCCUCGCACCCUCGCUUUCCAAACUCACCAUGUCUGAGCCACUCCAGAAGGUUUCCUCCCUUCCCUCCGUCACCAACACAGACUUAUGGUUGGACGACGUGAGUUUAGACGUGGUGGGUUCUGACCCUGUUGAGGUCGCUUCUGCAGCUCUCCAGGCCUACCGGGUUCUUCACGCCUCCCUCGGCCUUGAGGGCCUUGAGGUUGAGACAACAAAGACCAAGUUCGUUGCCGGUACGGUCCGCGCUCGCGCCGCGCUUCAGCAGCUGCGGCGCCCGGGCGAACCCGAAACCGCUGACCUUGUCAAGGACCUAGGGCUUGACUGCGCUGCAGGCCGGCGGCGGCGCAUCACCACCGCCCAAAAGCGCUUCCGCACCGGCAUCGGUCGUGUCCGCCACAUGCGCCGCCUCCGCAUCCGCCGCCGGUGGGUUCGGGGCCGGCUGCUCCAAGCCUCCGCCCUCAAGGCUGGCCUUUAUGGCCACCAGGCCGUUGGGGUUGCCCCUAAGCGCCUCAAGGUUUUACGCUCGGCGGUUGCGCGCGAAGCUGGCCGUUUUGAGCACGGCUCUGCCGACGUCAUUCUCGACCUCAUGUCCCACAAGGCCGUUGACCCACACCAGCUUGUGGUAGUGGAACAGCUUCAGGCUCUUGGGCGCCUUGCCUCCAGCGCCUCACCCGAAGGCGUGCGGUUACUCACCCGCACCUGGGCCUCCUCCUGGUCCAGACAGGCCUCUGCCACCCAUGGGUGGAAAAUCGUGAACGGCCCCGUGUCCGCGCUCAUCCAGUACUUGCUGGACUUGCGGGUGUCUGCCCCCACCCCUGAAGUCUGGACACACCGCGAGGCUACCUUUCACUUCCGCUUCCGCGAGCCAGGAGCGGUUUUUGAGGCCUCCGCCUUCCUCCGCCAGGUCAUUCAGCUCGAGCGCUGGUCCCGUAUUGGCGCCGUCUCCACCGCCGCCGGUGCCGCCCCUACCGUGCCGCGCCGCCUCUUAGCCAGUUCUCGGACGAAGCCCUGGCGGCACGGCCUUAGGGCCGUCUUCCAAGGCACCCUCCUUCACUCGGGCAACGGAGGGAAGGACCGGUGCAAAUUCUGUGGAGAACCCAACACCCUGCACCACCUUCUCUACGAGUGUGAGAAAGUCCCGGGCGCCCUCAUGCCCGCAGGCUGGCUGUUGUCUUAUAAGAGGCGCCACCCUGCCGAGUGCCUCUGGUUGCGCGGGAUGCGGCCCCUCAACACCCGCGAUCCCCUCGCCCACGAGGCUGAGGUCCGGCGCACUGGUCUCUUCCUUGAAGGCACCCCGGACUUAACUGGGCUUUUCGUUGCCACUGACGCUUCCGGUGGCCCUGCCACCAAAGACAGUCGCCUCCGCUCGGUCGGUUGGGCCGUCAUAGUCGCUAGCAGGCACAAUGGCGACUUUUCGGUCCUUGGCACCCUGUCGGGGCUUUUGCCGGCCCCCGCCUCCGUCCCGGAAGGCGAGAGUGAGGCUAUCGCCCAGGCCCUCCUUUCCUCUCGAGGCACCUUCGACCUCACUUGUGACUGCCAGCCCGCUCUCCGGAGCCUACAAGGCCCCUUUACCAAGCGCACCUCGCUUGUGUGGUCUAAGGCGUGGGACCACAGGCACAGAGCCGAGCCACACUGGGUCCGCUCCCACCUGAACUCCUCGGACUUUUGUCUUGAGUUUGGCGCUGAUUCCUUGUGGCGUCGCGAGCUCAACUCCCUGGCAGAUAAGCUCGCCAAGGACCGCGCUGAGGAAGUUCAGACUCCUCACCGCCUUGCCGCCCAGAAGGAGGUUGACCGGGUCACCUCCCUCGUCUGCGAGUACUUGGGCCGUCGCGCCGCUGCAAUCCUUGCCAAGGCCGAAAAAGAGGACUUCGUCCCGCGGAAGAACCGCCUCCUCUCCGCCCUUGAGUCCUCCGCUUCUCCCUCGCCCAACAAGAGGCAGAGGUUGCAGGCUCUUCUCGACGAGCCCUUUCUUCCUGGCGGGCACGUCUGGUCCCGCACCUCAAAGGUUGACACACCGGAAACCUUUGAGCGCCUCAUUUCCUUCCCGGGCCGUCCUGGAAGUGCAGCCAAUGCCACGGAGGGCACCAUGGCGCCCAAGGGCCGCCACGCUCGCGAGCAACAGGAGCGAUGGGACCAGACAGGGAUCUGGCACAGCACAAGCUCCCUGUCCAGACGCAAGUUGCGUCCGGACAAGGCAGCACGCGCUAAGGCCAAAGCGCGCCAGGAGCAGGACCGUGAGAGGGUCCAGGCGAACCCGCCCCCCGCCCCUCCGCCUGCUCCUCGCCGAAGGGCUGAGGUGGACGACGACGACCAGCCUCUUCCCUCAUCGCGCCGCGUGACGAACCGGACGACGGCCAGCAAGUCGUCGGGCUCUGCCGGCCCCUCGCCCCCUGUGGCUGAGGUUGCAAUGGAGGUGGAGUCUGACGUCGCUGCCCCAUCCCCGGCGCUUCGGCAGCCGGCCGUGGGUCCUGCCACCUCGGCCCUAGCAACGGCUCCACUUCCGGGCCUACCUGAGCAGGGGUUGCAGUCUCUGCUUCAGUUGGUCCUGAGCCACAGGCUACCGCCCGGCCUUUCUCUGGCCCGCCUGGCACUUCGUCAGCCUUCCUUUUCCACACCCCGUGGCCCGGGUAAAGGGGCCACAAUCGCCACCGCUGCUUCGGCAGCUGCAAACCGCAGCGCUGUCCCGACGGCUGGAAGUGGUCCUCUUGAGACCCUCGCCUCCUUGGCUGAGGUUUCGGGUCUCUCCACGUCCCAGCCGGACCCUGAAGAGCCGGGCCUCGAAGGCCUCGCUUCCGUUGCGGAGCAGAGGGCUCGAGGUCCGGCUCCAGCUGGGGCACGUGAGGAGCCGCCCCACGUUCAAGUUUUCAGCGAGAACUUUCUCCGCGGGGCCCAUGCCAUGACGGCGAGGCACGUCCGCCUCACCACGGCCAAGCGACGGCGUGAAAUGGCAGCGGCAAAAGCUGCCCAGCCUCCUGUGCCGUAG